UUCACUUAGUUUGUUCUUUCUCUCUUUUUUCUCCUACAAGUACGAAUGUACUUGGUUUGCAGAUUUGCACUUGCAUUCAGACGCUGAAGAAGUUAAGAUGUGGGGAGGUGUUUUCUGUCUGUUGGCGGGCAUUUCUGUGACUUUGGCCGAAAUAAGACAAUUUCAGAUGACCGAUUGUGGUUCCAGUAGAGAUGUCCAGUUUCACAGUGUGUCAGUGACCCCUAUGCCUGUCCGGAUCCCGGGGGAUAUCCGCCUCUCCGUGGACGCCAGUCUAACUAAGGCGAUAGGAAGCUCCAGAAUGUCCCUCUCUAUCAAAAGGAAAUCCUACUUUGGGGUAGAAGUUCCUAUGCCCUGCCUUUUCAAUAUCGGAUCUUGUACAUACGAUGACCUCUGUACGAUGGUGCAGAAAAUGAUCACGGAGAACUGGGUGGGGAUAGUGGGGGGUAUCGGUACACAGAUCCAGACCAUGCUGACCAGUGUGGGGGUCAAUGCCAGUCAGUGCCCCCAGCCCCCCAGGAAUAUCCGUAUCACAGACUACCCCAUCAGUAUUCCCAGAAUUCCUGCUAUCCUCACCUGGUUUGCAGCGGGUGACUACCGUGUGAUUGUUAAGGUGAAUGAGAACGGCACGGGGAGACAACUGGUGUGCCUGAACCUCCAGCUCUCCGUCACCCAACACAGAGAACCCAGCACUUCCGGCUGGUUGUUUGGUGGCCGAUAACAACGACCU